CAUGAUUACAGAAAUAAAAGAAUUAGCUAGCCAAUGUUAACGGAGUUAUAGCUAGAUCACCAACAACUUUUUCCUACUUAACUGGAAAUUGUGCACAUCGACAAGGGGACUGUGGAUCUGACAUGCUAUGCUGAGGUGGGAGGUGUGGGGAGCCUGGGGACCUAUGCACUAUGGCAGAGUCACUUGCCAUCCAGGACCAUUCAACAGAAGAAUUAUGCAUCAACGAAAUACAAGACAUUGAGUCCUUUGAGACAGAAGGAGCCAACCAGAGAUUGAAAGUCGACCACAUGCUUUUCACGAUUGAUAGACAACAAAAACUAGACUUCUGGUUUUGUGAAGAGUGCAAGGAGUAUUUCAUUGACGAAUGCCCCACACAUGGCCCUCCUGUAUUUGUGCCUGACACCCCUGUGCCAGUCGGCGUCCCAAACCGUGCCGCCCUCACCACCCCCAGUGGCAUCGAGGUCAUUCAGGAAGGCAGUGAGGUGGAUGUGUGCUGCGUGGACAAAGACAUUCCCAGGGGGGCACUGUUUGGCCCUUACCAGGGAGAAGUGGUGUCACAAGACAAGUCGUCUGGUUUCUUCUCCUGGUUGUUGGUGGAUGAAAACAACUCCUACAAAUCCAUCGACGGCAGCGAUGAAACCAAAGCCAACUGGAUGAGGUACGUCCGAAACUCCUCAGGCGACGCUGAGCGAAACCUGACAGCCUUCCAGCAUGGCGAACACAUCUACUUCCGUGUUUGCCGCGAUCUGACAGUUGGAGAGAGGCUUCGGGUGUGGUACAGUGAUGAUUACAUGGACCGAUUGCACAGCAUGUCACAGGAGGCCAGCGACAGCACCCUGGACACAGUGGAGAAGGACUCGCCGGUGUGGUCGAGCCCCUGGAAUGUUACAACCCGAGACCGGGAGGCCACCCAGGCCCUGAUCGACCACUACGGCUCCCCGGACAUACAGGGCCUGCUGAACGACCGGACCACCAGAACCAAGCAGAUCUUCGAGAUCAUCGCCAGUCGGAUGGAGGCGCAGGGCUUCCUGAUCAGCGAGAGCUCGUGGCAGGCUGGCAAGCGCUGCUUCCAAAAGUGGCGCAACAUGGAGCGCACGUACAAAGACUACGUGCUGGCAUCCAAGAGGACCGACGCCGGACGCAGGAAACAGCCCGAGUUCUUUGACCAGUUCCACGCACUCAUGGGUCAGAGGCUGAGCUCCAAGCUGGCAGCGGCCGCCGACACCCCCUCUAGGGGGCUGGCCAAGCUGAAGCCCAAAGCCUCGUCGCCGCCUCCUAGCCUGCCCCUCUGCGCUAUCGUGGUCCCGUCGGGUCACCCGGUCAACCUCAGCAUUCCCUCCACCUCCAGCCCCGAGUCCGAGAAUGGAGGCCCAACCCACGCCAGGAAGUCCAGGAGGGAACGGGCCCCACGUACCAAGGUGCCCAAGCCCGAAGCGGCAGAGGACGAGGAGAAGCUGCUACAAACGAGGAGGAAGAGACGGAGGUCGUGGCUUAUGGAUGACAGAGCUGCGUUGAAUGGCGGCUCCCUGCCCGUGUGGUCAGAGCGGAAAGUCACCAGUCAGGACAUUGAGGCAACAGAGGCCCUGGUCGAACUGUACGGCUCGCCAGAGAUCCAAGGACUGUUCAGGGAGAACAAGACCCGGACCAAGAGGAUCUUUGAGAUCAUAGCCAGCAGGCUAAAAGACCAAGGCUUCCCCAUCAGCGACGUGCCUGAGCGGGCGGGGGAGCGAUGCUUCCAGAAGUGGCGGAACCUGGCGAGGGCUUACAAAGAGUACAUCCAGCACCCGGAGAAAGCUGACACGGCCAAGAGGAAGCCGCCGGCCUACUUCAACAGGCUCCAGGACCUGAUAGGCCACCGCCUCAGCCUUCAACUUUCCGAAGACUCCCCUGGGCCGGACAGUGGUGGGGGGGAUCCGGAGGCAGACGCGGUCGUGGAGGACGUGGGCCAAACCCUGUUACACAUAGUGGAAGUGCCGGCGAGCCCCAUAGACGCUGUCAGCCCUCCCUCAGUGGCCUCCUCCUCGUCACAUACAGGACACCCCCUCCAGUCGGGACCGAGCGGGCAGAAGAGAAGGCGGACGGCGGACAUUUUGGAUGUCCUGCAGGGUUACAGGGAGGAAGACAAAAGACUGCAAGAGGAUCGGGAAAGGAGGGCAGAGGAGCGAUUUGAUCAGCUGCGAAGCCUCCUGCAACAACAGCACACGGAGACUAUGGCAGCAAUGAGAGAACUGAUUAAUUCAAUGAAGAUGAAAAAACAAUGAUGUGUACAUACAGUGUCCUCCAUGAGUAUUGGGACAGUAAAAUCUAAAUUAGUAUUUUUACUGUACACUCAAGGCAUAUGAAAGUACAAUUAAAUUAUUAAUGAGGCAAAUGUGCAGAAUUCGAUUUCACCUUUUGUUUUUGUUCGUUUAACACGUUUUAGCAACUAAGAAGAACAGCACUGUCCACCUCACUUUACAUGAGCUUACAGGUUCUGGUUUUCACAGGUAUUUCUAAUUGAUCAGGUUUCUCCUGUUGCAUUGAUUAUUCACACAUAAAAUAGCUGUGAAUGUGUAGUCUGAGUUCUAUCCUUUGCUUUGGAGUCUGCGUUUGGUGUCAGUAGGCAUAAUCCAACAUUAAGAUUAGGGAACAGAAAAGCAAGCAAUUUGGAAGUUUAAAGAAAAGAGGAACUAAAUUAGAUGGCACAGUUUGGGCAUAGCUAAAUCAACGGUUUGGAAUGUCCUAAAAAGAAAGAAACCACGGGUGGUUUCUGCAGUCAGCCACGACAAUGUCAGACAAGGAAAACAACAGCAGUUGGUGACAGAGAAAUGACCAGAGCUGUGAAAAACAACCUUAAAAUAAGUGUCAGUGAAUCAGCAACAACCUCCAGAAUGCUGGGGUGAAGGUAUCACAAUCUACUAUUUGCAGAAGAAUUCGGCAGCAAAAUUACAAAGACUACACUACAAGAUGCAAACCUCUGAUCAGCACUAAAAACAUGCAUUUCACUUGCUGAAGUGAGUCUGAAACUCUCCAAACAAGCAACAGCUUAAAAUGUCUCAAGCCUAGCAUCGAAAAACAGUGAUACUGGGAGUUUGGUGAUGUCAAUGGGUCCCAGACUCACUGCGGUUAUUGCAUGCAAGGGAUUUGUGACUAAGUACUUGCUUUGCUGUUUUCUUUAUGUUGGAUUGUCCCAACACGUAUGGUCACAUAAAAUGUGGACAUGGAACUCUGACAGUGCUGUUAUUCGUAGUUGGUAAAACGUGUUGAAACAAAAAAAGGUGACAGUCUUUACUUUUGCCUCGUUCAUCUUUUGAUUGUAUUUUCAUAUAUUUCUUGAGUGUACAGUAGAUAUAGCUAUUUUGGCUUUACUGUCCCAAUACUUAUGGAAGGCACUGAGGGGCACUUAUUUUUCUUUAUUUUUUGUAAUAUUGCCCUGCUAUUUGGAUUGUGCAUAGUUAGUCUUUUUUGUAUCAUGUCAAAUUAAUGUUUUAGGGAAAGAGUUGUCUUUGCCAUCCGUAGGCCAUUUUUCAACAUUUUACUUGGGAAAUAUAUAUCACUUCUUGUGAGUGCCAUUGUUUUAAAUGUUUUCAUGGGUGCUUUGUCUGAAUUGAGCUAGAUUGUGAAACUGUGGCUUAUGAAGAAUAAACCAGUUGGUUGGAGUUGAAUAA